GCGGGGAGCAGCGCCGGGACAGCGGCGGUGCCACGUGGGCAGGGAGCGAACAGCUGCUUCCCCAUCGGGAUCCUUUGAGUUCCUCCCAUGCAAACCCGGUUCGGACACGUCCUGAUGGAACGAAUCCCGAUCGGGUCCCCACAGUAGCUGGAUCUGUUGGGAAAGCCUUUAAGUGAAGGAGGCGCUGGUGGCCUCAUCCUGCGCUCCGGCCCCGCGGCUGCUUGGCGGAAACUCCUCCCUGGUGUGGGGCAGCGGGGACAGGUACCGGGAUGCAGUGGGAAGUGGUGUCCCCAGGAAGCGCUCUCGAGUCCUACUUUGAUGACAAGAAGAAAAGGAAAGUGGCGGAGAUCUACCAGGCCCUCAACAGUGACCCCAUCGACGUGGCCACGCUCCGGCGGAUGGCGAUCAGCGAGGGGGGGCUCCUGACCGACGAGAUCCGCUGCAAAGUGUGGCCGAAGCUGCUCAGUGUGAACACAGACGACCUGCCCCCCCUCCCAGGCAAGGAGCUGCGGAAGGACAAUAAGGAUUACCAGCAAGUGCUCCUGGACGUGCGGCGAUCCCUGCGCCGGUUCCCACCAGGAAUGCCGGAUGACCAGCGGGAAGGGUUGCAGGAGGAGCUCAUCGAUAUCAUCCUGCACGUCCUGAAGCGCAACCCGCAGCUGCACUACUACCAGGGCUACCACGACAUCGUGGUCACCUUCCUCCUGGUGGUGGGGGACCAGCUGGCCACGGCACUGGUGGAGAAGCUCUCGACGCAUCAUCUCAGGGAUUUUAUGGACCCAACGAUGGAUAAUACCAAGCACAUUUUAAAUUACCUGAUGCCCAUCAUAGACCAGGUGAACCCUAAGGUGCAUGACUUCAUGCAGAGCGCGGAGGUGGGCACCAUCUUUGCUCUCAGCUGGUUGAUCACCUGGUUCGGGCACGUCCUGUCCGACUUCAGGCACGUGGUGCGAUUAUACGACUUCUUCCUGGCCUGUCAUCCCCUGAUGCCCAUUUACUUCGCUGCUGUGAUCGUGCUGUACCGCGAGCAGGAAGUGCUGGACUGCGAGUGUGACAUGGCCUCUGUGCACCACCUCCUGUCCCAGAUCCCACAGGACCUUCCCUACGAGACCCUCAUCAGCAGAGCCGGGGACCUCUUUGUCCAGUUCCCCCCCUCCGAACUGGCCCGGGAGGCAGCCCAGCAGCAGGCGGAGCGAACCGCGGCUUCCACGUUUAAGGACUUUGAGUUGGCCUCGGUGCAGCAGAGACCCGACACGGUGCUGCGGCAGCGCUUCCGGGAGCGCCUGCGCGCGGAGGACAGGACAGAAUCCAUCCUGGCAAAGCCCAGGACCAACCGCUUGGUGAAGCUGGCUGUGAUGGGGCUGACGGUGGCGCUGGGAGCCGCUGCCCUGGCCGUGGUGAAGAGCGCCCUGGAGUGGGCCCCCAAGUUUGAGCUGCAGAUCUUCCCCUGACGC